CCCUGCGAGCAGUCUGCCAGAGCCAGAGCCAGCCCCAGAGAGCUCCCAGCCGCCGCCGCCGCCUCCUCCGCCUCCUCCCUCGGUCCCUCCCCCCCGCCAUGGCUGCCUAGAAGACCCAGCCGCUCGCCCGCCCGCCUGCUUGCUGCCUCGCCAACUACUAUGACCGGAGUGUUUGACAGAAGAGUGCCAGCCAUCCGAUCCGGAGACUUCCAAGGUCCUUUUCAGACGGCUGCAGCCACCAUGCACGGGCACCCGCCGCAGGAGUCUCCCACUUUGCCCGAGUCGUCCGCCACGGACCCCGACUAUUACAAUUCCCCCGGAGGAGCCCCGCACGGCUAUUGCUCGCCUUCGUCGGCUUCCUACGGCAAAGCGCUCCAUCCUUACCAGUACCAGUACCAGGGCAUGAACGGAACCGCCGCCAGCUACCCAGCCAAAGCCUAUGCAGACUACAGCUACGCCAGCCCUUACCACCAGUACGGCGGCGCGUACAACCGGGCGCAGAGUGCCGCCAGCCAGCCAGAAAAAGAGGUGGCUGAGCCGGAGGUGAGGAUGGUGAACGGCAAACCAAAGAAAGUGCGCAAACCAAGGACUAUUUACUCCAGUUUUCAGCUGGCGGCCUUGCAGAGGAGGUUCCAGAAAACCCAGUACUUAGCCCUGCCGGAAAGAGCCGAGCUGGCCGCGUCUUUAGGCCUGACGCAGACACAGGUGAAAAUCUGGUUUCAGAACAAAAGAUCGAAGAUCAAAAAGAUCAUGAAGAAUGGCGAGAUGCCCCCGGAGCACAGCCCUAGCGCCAGCGACCCCAUGGCUUGCAACUCCCCGCAGUCACCCGCCGUGUGGGAACCGCAGGGCAGCGCCAGGUCUCUGAGCCACCAUCCCCACGCCCACGGGGCCAACUCCAACCCGUCGCCCGCCGCCACUUACCUGGAGAACUCCUCGUCCUGGUAUUCCAGCGGUAACGCUCUCAGUGGUCACCUGCAGCCCCACGGCUCUCUACAGCACCCCUUAGCUCUGGCUUCUGGGACAAUCUACUAGAAUAGGAUUCUUUUUU